CAAUAAUCUUGCUGCCUAGCCAUAUUUAAUUCACACUCCCGCAUAUAAUCAAAUCAUCAGCUGGAUACGCCAAAAUGCACACAGGUUCUUGGGACUUGGGCCCCUUAUUUUCUUUUGGUCGCUGAGUGAACCUCCAUCUAUGUUUCUUGUGAUGGACCCUAGAACAGCAGCAGAUCCAGCGACAAUGAAUCAGCUUCUUGACCUGCCCCCAGAAAUUUUUGGAGAGGUGGUAGAAACAUUUGUUAGAGGCAGCACACUGAAUGAAGUGUUCCCAUUGCGGCUUGUUUCAAGACGGUUCAACAUCGAAACUGUUAGAGCAAUUUGUUCAACUAGAGCAUUGCAUAGGCUUCUAGCUUACAAAAAAUUUGGUUCAACUGGACGAAUUGUCCCACACAGGGUGGGGCAAUAUGUGUUGACAGAGUAUCUACUCUGGCAAACAUUACAGGACGGAUCCGUCUACCCAUCAAGUGUCAUUCUUCAAACAGUCGACGACAUCAUAUCCUUCGAUCCCGACGUGGAUCGAAAGACAUGUAUUCGCAUGUUAUGUGACGCGGCAGCGGAGCAUGGAGCACCACUGAAUCUCUUCAGAACCCCAAAGCGUUUUACCCAGCAGUUUGCAAGCAAAGAGCAAAACUUGUUGGCGGCUGGCUCUUUUAUAGGCCACGAAGCCAUCGUCUAUAGCUGCCUCGAAAACGGCACGAAUAGACCAACGGCUUUUGGAUCCCCUUUGCUCUGUGCCAUCGCUGAAGGUCACACACCAAUCGUUCGAAUGCUCCUUCGCCGUGGAUUCUGGGGCAUUAUACGACCUGAUCUUACGAGUAUUUCUGGACUACGAUUCAAUGUCUUUUUCGAACGCCCCAAACCCAGCCACCCCGAAAUAUUACUGUCCCUAGUGGAUCCCCAGUUCAGCUAUGCGAUUACCCAAAAAACCUUUGAGUUCGCCCUGGUUGGGGCAGCUGGUGGUGGCUAUUUGCCCGAGUUUAAACGUCUCCUGAAACUAGCCCGUAAGCGCGGCCUUUACGACACGCUUUCGUGGGACCUGACGUUAAACGGGGAUACAUAUAACGGAAUAUCCAGACUCUACGCUGUUUGCUUGCUUUACAGUGCAGCUGGUGGCCACGAACAGUUCGUGGCCGCAAUGAUGAAGAAGGUCCAUCCGAAAUUCAAAAGCCGUACCUACUGGAUCAGCCCCCUUGGAGCUGCUGCUGCUCACGGACAAUAUGAGGUCAUGCGGCAGCUCAUUGAUGCAGGUGCUAUGGAUAAUAGUAAUGCCGCGGGAUAUUAUCGGGACGUUUUGCCAAUUACUCAUGCGGUCAAGAGUGGUUCCGUCCGAUGCCUCCAGAUUUUAAUUGACAAUGGUGCGGAUGUCAAUUCCCCUUGUGGACCCUUGAAAUGGGCGAUGAAGUGUGGGAGGCGACAGAUGGUUGACAUUCUUCUGAAGCACGGAGCAAAGGUUGGAAGAUGACGACAUGUAGGCUUUCUCCGUCAGUCCACUUGAAAUGGGAUAUGACCAUUGAGAGGCAGCAAUGGUGGCAGUUCUUCAAUAGCAGGGUCCCACAUUGGAGGGGAGGGGGAAGAAUCGGAGUCUGAUCUGUAGGCUUACUCCGCUUGCUAGCUUUAGGUUUGAUGGUUAGGUAGACUGUUGCGCUUAGUUCUACCGAUAAACAAGUUGACCGGAUUUGCGUUAUGCAAACUAAAUUGAUAAUCACCGGAAUUUCUUUACCUGUAUGUUCAUCUAAAUCACCUUUGGCA